CCCCCCCCCCGACUGUCCGCCUUCCUACGCACCUUACCUGCGCCUCAGGCAGCUCACCUGCGCCUCAGGUAGUAAAUAUGCGCCUCAGGCAGCAAUUGGGCUGUCCAUGACCCCCCGCCGCACGUGCGCUCCUGCAACACCAAGACACUGUCGUGACUUUUCUCAAAUCGUGAUACCCCGCCCAAACACGACCACCCACAACCUACUCUAGCACGCCAUGGCUGAUGCAGAUCUGGAAGAAAUUCGCCGAGCGCGCGUGCAGCAGCUGCGGCAACAAGCCAACGACGGCGCCGGUGGAGGAGAAGGCUCGGAGCAAGAUGCGCAGAGGCAGCGCGAAGCCGACCAACGCCAAACCAUCCUCUCCCAAAUCCUAACUCCCGACGCCGCCGACCGUCUGGGCCGCAUCCGACUCGUGAAAGAGUCUCGCGCCACCGACAUCGAGAACCGCCUGAUAAUGCUCGCCCGAUCUGGUCAAUUGCGCGCAAAGGUCACUGAAGAACAGUUGAAGGAGCUCCUGGGCGCUGUGGCAGAACAGCACGAGAAGCAGGAGGAGAAGAUCGUGGUGACGAGGAGGGGAGGCAGUGGGUGGGAUGAUGAUGAUUUAGAUGAUUUGCUCAAGGAUGUGUAAAGGAUAGCCUGCGAUUAAUAUGAAGUAAACACUCUUUAGACCGAGAAUUCUG